AUGAUUUAACAGAGACCCUAGGGUUAAAAAGAAUUAGACUCAAUCUAACAUUUAACAAACCAAGUUUGUGUCAAAGAAACUAUUUGUUUUAAGAUAAUGUAAAUUUGUACUUGGUGGUUGAUAUGAAACACAUGUAAUGGGAAUUUAAUAUGCGAGCAUUCAAGGGUAUGUAGUUUACAUUAAAGCUUUAUUUUGUAACUGUGGUUUAUCAAACCAAUAUUUUCUUAGUAGUAAGAUUCAUACCAAUGUAAUCUGCCUUAUCUGUAUUAUUUAAUUUAUUUGAAUAAUAUUUGAUUAUUUGUUAUAUUUUGUAACAUGCUGCCCUGACUGAAAUACUGUCAUACAUUAUCUUUAAUUUACAAUACAUUGUGUUAUGUGUAUUGUAUAUGUAAACAUCACACUGUGGGUAAAUUGUAAUAGGAACUGUUUAAACAGCACCUACUCAUUUUAUUGUUAAUAGCUAACAUGUAUGUUGUGUUUACUUCCUUCAUUCCAUUAAUCAAUACUUGCGUAAGGAACUGAUACAAGGAAGUAACAAAUCACGUUUAAACAACAGAAUUGCAAGCUAGCAUUUAAUUAAUCUCAGUUACAUGAUUCAGUAUCAUAGGUGCUAAACCUUGGGUGGCAGGUUGUUCUUGUCCCUGCAAUGUUUGCCCUGCAUUAUUUAUUAAGUAUUAAAACGGUGACAUAAUAUCUGUUUCAUGGUAAUGUUAUUUCAAUGUAUCACUGCUUUCCUUACCCAUAUAAAGUUUGGUGCCUAUGCUCAGUAUAUGUUAAUUAUAGUGUCUAGUGGCUGACACAUGUCAUGCUUAUGUAAACAUUGACUUGCAAAUAGUCUAAGGUUGUAUGCAUAUUGAGAUGUUGUUGCUAACAUUUAAUAGUUUUCUCGAUAUGAUAAAUAAUGUUAUUUGUAUUCCAGAUAACGUGUAAUGCAUCUACUUUUAUUUCAGAUACAUUAUUAUACAUAAAUUUUGCUAUUGUAGUGAAUAUGUAGUUAUAAGAUGAAUUGUAUUUCACCAGCAUAUACUAAUAUCAUAAAGCUGUGGACCUUUGGUGUAAUCGUAAUAUAUGGUUCUGCAGUAAAUGCCCAAGCUGCAUUCACAUUCUCUGCGUUAUCUCUACAACCCCCAAUAUCAUCGGUUGGUUCAACUGCCACUGCUACUUGUAAUGUGACUUAUACUGGAAGUACAACAUCUAUAUUAACAUGGAAAAUAAAUGAUGUGGUAGUUGGUCAGUACAGAAUUAAAAACAAUGAAGUUCCACAAUAUGCAAAUCUAGCUUCGGGUUAUGACACAUCAUCAAGCACAACAACAUCCAUUGUUAACACUGGUGACACUUUCCCCAUGAGUCUUGAAAUCAGGAAUGUUAAUUUGACCCUCAAUCAAGCAACAGUUUCUCUCGGUUGUUCGGUACCCGGUUGUAUCACUCAAGUUCAGUUACAUAUCAAAGAAUGUUCAUCUCCAACACCCAACAAUGUUCCAGUCAACCCAUCAAGUGGUGUCUACAACACUCAAGCUAACUUCCAGUGUUCCCAUGGUUCAACUUUAUUUAAUAUGAAUGGAACAACUGGAAACACUGCAACCAAAUGCCUUGCUACAGCAGAGUGGGAGAAUGAAAAGAUAGUUCAAUGUUGGUCAGCACCAACUGCUACAUUGAUUGGCAACAUUACCAUUUGUGCUGGAAACAUUGCUACAUUCCAAUGUACUGCAACUGGGGGUUUUCCUUCUUUGGAUAGAGUUGAAAUUUAUUUCAGGAAUCAAAAACAAACAUUGGUUGGAAACACAUGGACAAGCAAUCCACUUAGUAGUUCAAACAAUGGAGAUAUAGUGGAAUGUAGAGCUAUAAAUAGCUACACUGCCAUGCAGGAAUAUUCAAACUUGGGAAGAGACAACAAGACAUUGAUUGUUCAUUAUACAGCAAAAAAUCCAAAGUUUGAAACCAAAUUCACGGAUCUGUUGAUCAAUUCAAGCAGUGGUUACCUGCUUAGAUCAGAUGAGACGUUGACCAUGAAUUGCUCAGCUGAUGGAAACCCUGCUGUAACUUGUACCUGGUCUUGUUCUCCUACAAAUUGUGGUAGUUUACCAAACACUUGUGGGAUCAACAAUGUAAAUGUUGUUGGUUCCACAACCAUCACAUGUGCGGUUGGUAAUGGUGUUUGUGGAGGUGGUACUACCAGCAUUACUCAUCACAUAACAGUGGUUGCUAUAACUAGAGUACUAUACAUGGUGGUUGAUGGAACAACAACAACAGCUUCUUCCAUCACAAGAAACAAAACAGAAAGUUUAAGUUUAGCCUGUGGAAUUCAAAACCAGAAUGAAAUGAACACGUUGAUAGUUUGGAAGAAAGAUGGAUUUGUUCGUUCAAUUGGAUCAUUAUACAUACCUAGUGUGGCAUCAUCAGAUGAUGGUUUAUAUGUUUGUGAAACAUCUGAUCCUUUCGGAAACUUUUCUACUUCUGUUAGUUUGACAGUUCUCUAUCCUGCAGAACAGUUUCAAAUCACCAAUGGCUUGGGCACUUUAUGUGAAUGGGGAACUGUUGGGCCACAAUAUUGUAACAUCACAUUCUCACUAAACCCAGUCACACAUUCUGCCAUUUUAAAGAAAAAUGGGUUGAUUGCUGAUAAUGAUUUCAAAUAUAAACCUCAGAGCACGAACAUUCAAAACUAUGUAUUCAUGAAGAAUCAGCCAACUCAAAAUGACACUGGUUCAUACACAUUGACAGUGACAUCAUCAACUUUUACCCCUGUCAUCUUUUCAUUCACAGUUCUUGUUUCAAAUCCUUUUGUAGUUCCUAAAGAUAACACAGCUACUAUUGUUGGGGCAGUUCUUGGUUCAAUAAUUUCGAUUCUUCUGAUCAUAAUUGCAUUUCUUGUUGUUAAACUUUAUAGAAAGAAGAAACCUGAAACUUCCCACCCAAGAUCUGAGGGAAACACCAACACUGCAGCUGAUGAUUAUGUUGAGUUGAACCAACCAACCAACCGCAGCCAUACAAGCCAGCCUGUUGUGAGAUCUCAACAAUCAACAAAUUAUGAAAAUUUGAAGAACAAUGUCAAUGUAACAAGAGAUGAGCAAGGUUAUGCUGAUAUACAAGGUGUGGGGCCAAGUGUUGCUACAACAUUAAACGAUGGAUACGAAACUUUUAUUGGAAGGAAAUACGAGAAUACGGCAGGGCAAUCCUCAUCAAAGUGAAACCCAAUAUAAACACAUGACUUUGUUUAUAUAAACAGAUAAGCUUUUAUUUAAAUGUCUUCAGAAUGGUUUAACAGAGACCUUAGGGUUAAAAAGAAUUAGACUCGAUCUAACAUUUAACAAACCAAGUUUGUGUCAAAGAAACUAUUUGUUUUAAGAUAAUGUAAAUUUGUACUUGGUGGUUGAUAUAAAACACAAUGUAAUGUGAAUUUAAUAUGCGAGCAUUCAAGCAUACAUAGUUUACAUUAAAGCUUUAUUGUGUAACUGUGGUUUAUUAAACCAAUAUUUUCUUAGU